AACGGACGGGGCCUUGCGAUGCGGGGAGCAACCACGCCCAAAGGCCAUUGUGACAUGGGGGGCGUCCCUGUGCCUUUAGGGUGCAGAGGCCCCAUGCUGCUCACUCUCAGGAGAGCAGCUCCGUGAGGAGGUAGCAGCUCCCCUGCGUGCCCGUGUUUCCGAGAGAGGAGACAGCGAUGCCCAAGGAACAGGAGAAGAACCGCUCUCAGCCCGACAAAGGGCUGCCGAGCGUGCGGGGACGCCGCCAGGUGCGGGACAUGGUGGGCCGCAGGCCACAGCAAGCGGUGCCGCCAGGCAGCUGCAACCAGGAACCAUCCCUCCGUGAGGUUCGUCUGCCGUCACUCCCCCACCUGGAGAGCGCUCGUGCCCCUGCGGGUCACAGUGCACAGGCGGACAGGAAGAAGCCCAGGCAGGCACCGCCCCGCAUCAGUGACUCCAGGGAUGGCAGACAGCGACCUUUGCUAAGGCAGGCAGUGCUGCAGGCAGCUGCAACCCGGCAUGCAGCUGCUGCACAAGCAGGUGUUCCCAAAUUACCCGCUCUGCAAGCACCAUCCUCCAUGCGUUCUCCAAGAGGCGGUGACCAUGCCUCGAAAGCUACAGCUUGCAGACUGCCUGCGCUUGCUCCAUGUCCUCGAGGCAAUGCUCAGCAGCAGGAUAUGGCAGCGGGGGCCGAGAGCUGGGAGGGAGAUACGCUAGUCCCUCGCCUCCCCCUCCAACCGGCACGUCCAACACCCAAGUCGCUGAGGUUGGCAAACUGGAGGCAGCCAGUAUCCGCAAGGCCAAAACCCAGCCACAAACCAGCAGGUCCGCAGCAAGGCACAACCACCUGCACUCUGGGAACACCAACUGCCCCGGUGCUGGCCCCCGAGGCUGCGAGUGGCCCCGCAGAUGAGAUGGAACCAGAUCCCAGUGCUCAGGAGGGCACAGGAGAUGUCGAUGGGGCUCCUGCUUCACAUUCCCUCGCAGCACAGCAGGCAGCAGAUGAUGGUGCCAAAGCUGGCGGCAUUUCUUGGGGCAUGCUGGUGGCCAAGGACACUGAAGAGAGGGUGCGCUCCUGGAUGAGAGAGCACAUGUUGCUGUCCUGCUGUCUUUGUGCUUCCCGCUCUCCGUAA